AUGACUGCUUGUGCCGCCACGUUCGACCUUAAACAACGUGGCGACCUCUCUGAAAUCAUCUCAGAUGCUAAUGAUGGCUCACCAAACCUGAUCGAUGGCGACAUUGCACCCAGUUCACAGAGGAACGCAGCUAUGUGCACAUACUCUCGCUGCAAGUGGCCCAAACGUGGACGCUACGUCACAGUGCCAGUGGCCAUCUCCUCUCGUUUCUCACGUUCAGAGCGCAACACCAUCAUCAGAAGCCUGGUGUCUUUCCACAGAACCACGUGCAUUCGAUUUGUUUGGAGAAAGUACUGGUGGCAACGGAAUUACAUCUACUUUUACUCUGGACCUGGGUGCUUUUCUAACAUUGGCCGUAAGGGUGGACGACAGUAUAUCUCCCUGAAGAAAAACGCGUGUGUGGUCAACCAAGUUGUGCAGCAUGAGGUCCUCCACGCUCUGGGUUUCCACCACGAGCACAAGCGCACAGACAGGGACAAAUAUGUUAGGAUCAACUGGCAGAACAUUAUACCGAAACAGAAACACAACUUUAACAGAGUGAGCACAAACAAUCUGUGGACUGGAUAUGACUUCAACUCUGUCAUGCACUACGGCAAAUACUUCUUCACCAAAAAUGGAAAGCCAACCAUCGUCGCCAAGAAUCCCUCCCAAACAUUUGGACGUGCCAGAUCCAUGAGCUACUCUGACAUUCUCCGUGUCAACAGGCUUUACAGAUGCUGGAGUUGAUGACCGAAGGAACGGGUCGACCUACAGAGAGUUCACCUGCAUCGUGAUUUCUGUUGCACAGUAACAAUAUUAAUGUGCAGCAUAGUAGGUUAGCUUCUCAAACCCCCUGGUGUCAUGAUUGUCCUCUAAGCCCGGCUAUGCUUGCUAGCGUUCCUCCAUUUUCAUAGCGAAACAAUUUAAUAUUACAGACAACAGGUGGAGGGUGAUAAUUUCUUUCAGCUGAGGUGAAGCCGCAUAUCCGUAGAAAUUUUAGGGGAA